CCAGGAACACCCCAGGGACACUGCGGGGACACCCCGGGGACACCCCUGGGACACUGCGGGGACACCCCUGGGACACCAUGGGGACACCCCGGGGACACCGUGGGGACCUCACGCCAGCCCCUCCGCAGGUCUUCUGGCCCGGCGUCCCCAAGCCCGUCUUCUUCGUGGCCAGCCGCGGGCACCACGCGGACAUCGGGGGCAUCACGCCCGGCUCCAUGCCCCCCCACUCCAAGGCGCUGCACGAGGAGGGGGCCGUCUUCGUCUCCUUCAAGCUGGUGAAGGACGGCGUCUUCCAGGAGGAGGCGGUGACCGAGGCCCUGAUGGCGCCGGGCCGCGUGGCGGGCUGCAGCGGGACCCGCAACCUGCAGGACAACCUCUCGGACCUGCGGGCGCAGGUGGCUGCCAACCAGAAGGGCAUCCAGCUGGUGGCCGAGCUCAUCGGCCUCUACGGCCUCGGCGUGGUGCAGGCGUACAUGGGACACAUCCAGGCCAACGCGGAGCUGGCCGUGCGCGAGAUGCUGAGGGGCUUCGCCGCCCGCUGGGGCGCAGCCGUGGAGGCUGAGGACCGCAUGGACGACGGCUCCCCGAUCCGGCUGCGGGUGCAGGUGGACCCCCAGGAGGGCAGCGCCGUGUUCGACUUCUCCGGCUCCGGGCACGAGGUGUACGGGAACUGCAACGCGCCCCGCGCCAUCACGCUCUCGGCCCUCAUCUACUGCCUGCGCUGCAUGGUGGGGCAGGACAUCCCGCUCAACCAGGUGGGCACCGCGGCCAGCACCGGGACCCCCGGC